AUGCAAGCGUACGCGACGGCGGCUGGAUCGGCGGCUCGAAUUCACACAAUCCCCGCCACCACCUCGUACUCGGAACAGGAGGUCUCAUGUAUAUGCGAAUCGCUCUUCAACGAAGGCCUACAGACAGGACGAACUGAGCAGCUGACCCACUUCCUAUGGACGCUUCCUGAUCAUCUGAAAUGUUUAGAAAGUGCGCUCAAAGCUCAUGCUUUGGUUCUCUUCAGCCAACAGCAAUGGAAGCAGUUGUAUCGGUUACUGGAAACGCACAAAUUCAGCCCUCAUAAUCAUCAAGUGCUGCAAGAUUUAUGGUUGAGAGCGCAUUACACAGAGGCAGAAAAGACUAAAGAACGUGAACUUGGAGCAGUAUGCAAGUAUCGAAUUCGAAAGAAAAAUCCGUUUCCGUCAACGAUUUGGGAUGGAGAAGAAACCAACUACUGUUUCAAGUCUAAAUCGCGGAACGUGCUGAGAGAUGCCUACAAAAAGCAAGCGUAUCCCUCAGUUGAGGAGAAGAAGCGGUUGGCAGCUCAAACGGAACUGACUGUCACGCAGGUGUCGAACUGGUUCAAGAACAAACGGCAACGCGAACGAGCAGCUGGCACUUUGGAGAAGAGCUCAGCAAAAUCGGAGAGUGACGACGGCUCGAGUGGUUGCGAUUCGAAGCCAAAUCUUAGCUUGGAAACUCCGUUCGCCGACAUGCAAGCGUUUGGCUACACUGGAGCUGCAGCUGCAUAUUUUCCUCCUCCAAUGACUUAUGAUCCGUCUUUAUUCAAUCUGCAAAAUCUCUGA